GAGAAGGCUGGUUACCAGCAUGUGACAAAACCUGGAGCCUCUUUUCUGAGCUAGCUUUCAUUUCUGCUUUUGAAUAUCAAGCAAAAAGGCCAUUUAUCAGUCGGUCACCUCGUUUUAUGAUUCAUUUUGCUCCCUCUGGUUAAGCUUCAAAAAAGCACAAUGUUAAAUGUUAGAGUCAGGUUGGUUGGCAGCCUUGCGAAGGGGAGCACAUUGCUUAGAAGUAAACGCCACUGGAAGCGGACUGCAUAUGUGUCCCUUUCUCCUAAGAAAUGAAAGAGGCAUUUAUAGAAAGGUGGCCGAGUGCUGGGCUCUCCAGGGUCACUUUGUUGGUUUAUCCCUCCCAGUCUGGCUGAUGAUUAACGUCACACCUUGGUCGUUCAAACGGACGCACGUCUCCCUCCCUUGCUGAAGUCGGAGCUUCUCGGAAACAAUGAACUUGCAGAGGUUUAGGGUAACGGGAGCUGGAGGAGGGUGGAGCCUCUGCAGCUCUGUCUCUCUCGCUCAAGUGUGGUCUCGGGAGCUGAGUGAAAAUGCCUGCUGUGGGGUUUUCUGCGGCUCCUGCUUUUUGCAGCCUUGAAAACCGCAUCAGAGUCACGUCUGCUGCUCUCUGACUGGAUUGCUCUUCCAGCGAUGGGCAGGCAAGAAGCGAAACCCUGGCCUUAAAAUUCCCAAAGAAGCAUUUGAACAACCUCAGACCAGUUCCACGCCACCUCGGGAUUUAGACUCCAAAGCUUGCAUUUCUAUUGGAAAUCAGAACUUUGAGGUGAAGGCAGAUGACCUGGAGCCCAUCGUGGAGCUGGGCCGGGGGGCGUACGGGGUGGUGGAGAAGAUGCGGCAUGUGCCCAGUGAGCAGAUCAUGGCGGUGAAGCGGAUCCGGGCCACGGUAAAUAGCCAAGAGCAGAAGCGGCUGCUGAUGGAUCUGGAUAUCUCCAUGAGGACCGUGGACUGCCCCUUCACGGUCACCUUUUAUGGCGCGCUCUUCCGUGAGGGGGAUGUCUGGAUCUGCAUGGAGCUCAUGGACACGUCCCUAGAUAAAUUCUACAAACAAGUGAUCGAUAAAGGCCAAACAAUUCCAGAGGACAUCUUAGGGAAAAUAGCAGUUUCUAUUGUAAAAGCCUUAGAGCAUUUGCACAGUAAGCUGUCUGUCAUUCACCGAGAUGUCAAGCCCUCCAACGUGCUCAUCAACGCCCUGGGCCAGGUGAAGAUGUGCGACUUCGGAAUCAGCGGCUACCUGGUCGACUCCGUGGCUAAAACCAUCGAUGCCGGAUGCAAACCGUACAUGGCCCCCGAGAGAAUAAACCCAGAGCUCAACCAGAAGGGAUACAGCGUGAAGUCCGACAUCUGGAGUUUGGGCAUCACCAUGAUCGAGCUGGCCAUCCUCCGGUUUCCCUACGACUCGUGGGGGACUCCUUUCCAGCAGCUCAAACAGGUGGUGGAGGAGCCGUCGCCGCAGCUGCCCGCAGACAAGUUCUCCGAAGAGUUUGUUGACUUUACCUCACAGUGCUUGAAGAAGAAUUCCAAAGAAAGGCCAACAUAUCCAGAGCUUAUGCAACAUCCGUUUUUCACCGUACACGAAUCCAAAGCGACAGACGUGGCAUCUUUUGUAAAAUCGAUUCUUGGAGACUAAAAACAAUGGACUCCAUCGGUUGACCCUCCUGUGGAUUGGUGGGUUUACAGGCUGAUGUUCACUAAAGCGCCAAUAGAAACUCAUCUUUGAGAUAAUUUAACCCUGCCUCUCAGAAGGUUUUUUUCUUCCCCAUUUUCUCUUUUUUCCCCUCCAAAGGGGGCCUUGGAAUCUAUAGUUAUAGAAUGAACUGUCUAGAUGGAUGAAAUAUGAUAAAGGCUUAGGACUUAAAAAGGUGAUUAAAUAUUUAAUGAUGUGUCAUAUGA